AUGUCCAAAAAAGCCCUGACUACGGUGGCCAUCACCGAUAAGGUUUUGCUGACUCUCAGGCCGGCUAAAAAUCUCAGUCAUCACGACGGCGCCUCGGUCACCAGCCUUGAUUUCGAUGACUCUGGCCAAUUCCUCAUAUCAGCUGGAGUAGAUCGUCUGAUCCAGCUCUACGAUUGCCACAAGGGUACGAGUGUCAAAAAGAUCCAAUCCCAGAAAUACGGAGCCCAUCUAGCCAGAUUCACCCAUCACGAUCACUGCUGCUUGUACGCAUCCACUCCAUCCUCAGAAACAGACGCAGAUCAUUCCUUGCGUUACUUGUCGCUCAACACCAAGUCAUACCUACGCUACUUCAGAGGCCACAAAGACCAGGUCACUGCAUUAGAGGUGAAUCCUGUUUCUGAAACCUUCCUAACUGCUAGUGCUGACCACACAGUGAAGCACUGGGACCUAAGACUAACAACUCCUCUGGGAAACAUCAACGCUGGUCAGGCCGCCUUGGUGGCCUAUGAUCCCCAAGGCAUAGUGUUUGCCAUUGCGAGCAGUCCAGACGAGUCGGGCAAUGGCAGCGUGGCCUUCUACGAUACGGCCUCAUAUGAAAAGGGCUCUUUCGCCAAAUCAAAAGUCAGUUGCACGCCUGGUCAGAAAUGGACAAAGCUCGAGUUCUCAAACAACGGCAAACUAUUGCUUAUAGGCACAGACUCGUCUCAGCAUUACGUGCUUGAUGCUAUGCUGGGUAGACUACUAACCUGCUUGAGCGCGGUCGACGAGCCACAGAACGGAUGGCUUCGUUUCAACUACGCGACUUCAGGUCUGGUUACAUUCACAUCUUGUGGCAAGUUUGUUUUUGCGGGCUCUCCCUCGGGUCCAGUGUCUCUUUACGAUGUAUCCAAAGUGAAGGCAUCGGAGUCCAACGAGCCCGUCAUCAGACCCUUCAAAGAUCUUCAAGGUUAUGGUGUGUCCAAAAUCGUAGCAUUCAAUCCAAAACUCUUGAAUGUUGCAACAGCAGAUGAUCUGGUGGUGCUUUGGUCCCCAGACGUGGAUGGCGAAGCGAGCUAA